CACAAGACAGGGCAGAGUCCUUGAACUGGUGAAGCAUCGGCAUCAUCUAGUUCCUUUGACUUAACAUUUCGAUUCGUAUCGGAUCAAGGCAACAUGUCCAAGGGAACAGCGGUAGGGAUUGACCUGGGGACCACCUACUCUUGUGUGGGGGUCUUCCAGCACGGCAAAGUGGAGAUCAUUGCCAAUGACCAGGGAAACAGGACCACACCUAGCUACGUGGCAUUCACGGACACGGAAAGACUGAUUGGAGAUGCUGCCAAGAAUCAGGUGGCAAUGAAUCCAUGCAACACAGUGUUUGACGCUAAGCGUCUGAUCGGUCGGCGUUUUGACGACGCGGUGGUGCAGUCGGACAUGAAGCACUGGCCCUUCACCGUGGUGAACGACUCGACGCGGCCCAAGGUGCAGGUGGAGUACAAGGGCGAGACCAAGAGCUUCUACCCGGAGGAGAUCUCCUCCAUGGUGCUCGUCAAGAUGAAGGAGAUCGCAGAGGCAUACCUGGGGAAGUCUGUGUCCAACGCGGUGGUCACGGUGCCGGCGUACUUCAAUGACUCCCAGCGGCAGGCCACCAAAGACGCCGGUACCAUCUCCGGCCUCAACGUGUUGCGCAUCAUCAACGAGCCUACGGCUGCAGCCAUCGCCUACGGACUCGACAAAAAGGUGGGUGCGGAGAGGAAUGUGCUAAUUUUCGACCUGGGUGGCGGCACGUUCGACGUGUCCAUCCUGACUAUCGAGGACGGCAUCUUCGAGGUCAAGUCCACGGCCGGAGACACCCACCUGGGCGGAGAGGACUUUGACAACCGCAUGGUCAACCACUUCAUCUCCGAGUUCAAGCGCAAGUACAAGAAGGACAUCAGCGACAACAAGCGUGCCGUCAGACGUCUGCGCACUGCCUGCGAACGUGCCAAGCGCACGCUCUCCUCCAGCACACAGGCCAGCAUCGAGAUCGACUCGCUGUACGAGGGCGUGGACUUCUACACGUCCAUCACGCGUGCCCGCUUCGAGGAGCUGAACGCCGACCUGUUCCGCGGCACGCUGGACCCUGUAGAGAAGUCCCUGCGCGACGCCAAGCUGGACAAGGCCCAGAUCCACGACAUUGUGCUGGUGGGCGGCUCCACGCGCAUCCCCAAGAUCCAGAAGCUGCUGCAGGACUUCUUCAACGGCAAGGAGCUCAACAAGAGCAUCAACCCAGACGAGGCCGUCGCAUACGGAGCUGCUGUCCAGGCGGCCAUUUUGUCCGGCGACAAGUCUGAGAAUGUGCAGGACCUGCUGCUGCUGGACGUGACGCCGCUGUCCCUGGGCAUCGAGACGGCCGGUGGCGUCAUGACAACACUCAUCAAGAGGAACACCACCAUCCCCACCAAGCAGACACAGACCUUCACUACAUACUCAGACAACCAGCCAGGAGUACUUAUCCAGGUGUUUGAGGGUGAGCGGGCGAUGACGAAGGACAACAACCUGCUGGGUAAGUUCGAGCUGGUGGGCAUCCCCCCGGCGCCGCGUGGCGUGCCCCAGAUCGAAGUCACCUUCGAUAUCGACGCCAACGGCAUCAUGAACGUCUCCGCCGUGGACAAGAGCACCGGCAAGGAGAACAAGAUCACCAUCACCAACGACAAGGGUCGCCUCUCCAAAGAGGACAUCGAGCGCAUGGUGCAGGAGGCGGAGAAGUACAAGGCGGAGGACGACGUGCAGCGCGACAAGGUGUCGGCCAAGAACGGCCUGGAGGCCUACGCCUUCAACAUGAAGUCCACCGUGGAGGACGAGAAGCUGCAGGGCAAGAUCAGCGACGAGGACAAGCAGAAGAUCCUCGACAAGUGCAACGAGGUCAUCAGCUGGCUCGAUAAGAACCAGAGUGCGGAGAAGGAGGAGUUUGAGCACCAUCAGAAGGAGCUGGAGAAGGUGUGCAACCCCGUCAUCACCAAGCUGUACCAGAGCGCCGGGGGGAUGCCGGAGGGGAUGCCCCCUGGAGGGUUCGGGGGCGCUGGGGCCGCGCCUGGCGGGGGUGCAGGAGGCGGCUCCUCUGGACCCACCAUUGAGGAGGUCGACUAGAGGAGACUAGAGUAUUUUUCUGCACCACACAUCCCUCCACACACACACACAGUUACACACACAUGUACACACACAUAUACUCACAGUGAUGCACUUACACACACUGCAGUGUACCUCUUUUUCUCACAAAGGGCAGGAGGGGAGGGGGCUCCUCUGGCCCUACCAUUGAGGAGGUUGAUUAGAGCAGCUUAGAGUGUUCUCUCCACCACACACUCAUCCACACACACACACAUACACGCACACAUCACACGCACACAUCACACACACACACACACACACACACACACACACACACACACACACACACACACACACACACACACACACACCAGUGUACCCCUUUUUUUCUCACAAAGAAAGAGCUGGUGCAUGUCUUGUUUUGUUUGUGUGAGCCUUUUUUGUUUCUGAGAUGUUUUCGUGUUGUUUUCUGUAGCUCUUAUGUAACUAAUACUUAAUUUCUAAUGUAUCGAGUGCAGAAUCUGCCGUCCUGUAUAAAAGAGGAAUAUGAACAGCAUUUCUCUCCACUGCCCCGACACUCCCUUCCCUUACACGUGUUUCUUUGUUUUCUACAGCAUGUUACUACCUUUUUUCCUCUAUUGUAAGGAAGUGUGCUGUGUUGUUAGCACUUUAUUGUUCAUGUUGAUCUGAACAAAAUAAAUUAUUUGGCUGUUCACACAG